AUGGCUCUUUGUUUGAGGCUUAUUCAGAUUUGCCUCACUUCCUGUCCAGAUGGCACAGCGCGUGAUGGGUGGGGGGGGGACACCCGUUUCCUCCGGGAUGAGAUUCACCAACUGGAGAGUCACUUGGAGCACAAGGAGAGAGAGGUGACCCAGCUGGAGAAGGAAAUGGGAAAGGAGAGGAAAGCCAGCGAAGAGCUGUCUCUCCGUGCUGAAGAGGCUGAAGAGAAGAACAGGAAACUGAAAAGAGAGAUAAAGCAGCUUAAGCAGGAGAAUGAACAGCUGCAACAGGAUGUUGAGUUUUACAAAAAGGAAUGGGAUAAGAAAGAUCUUUUUCAGACCAAGGAGGAGAGCAAUGAGAUUCAGAGGAGACUUACCAGAGCCAACCAACAACUCUACCAGUGCUUGGAGGAUCUGCAGCAUGCUGAGGAUAUGGUUGCCAACCUAAAGAGUGAGAAUGAGCACCUGCAGAAGAAUCUGGAGGAGUCUGUGAAAGAGAUGGAAGAGAUGACAGAUGAGUACAACAAAAUGAAGAUUGCAGUUCAGCAGACAGAUGCUAUCAUGGAUCAGCUGAGAAAAGAGAGAGACCACGGCAAGAUCCAGGUCAGAGAGUUGACAGAACAGAUCCAGGCUCGAGCUGAAGAUGACCCUGUUAUGGCUGCUGUUAAUGCCAAAGUGGAGGAGUGGAAGAGUGUUUUAUCAGUAAAAGAUAUGGAAAUCUUAGAGUAUCAGCAGAUGAUCAGAGAUCUCAGGGAGAAGCUCCGAUCUAUUCAGAUGGACUCGGACAAAAGCAACAUCAUCGCACUGCAACAGGUCAUUUAUGAACUGUGUGGCGCUGUGCAAGAGAGGGACAACCAGAUCAAGAUGCUGUCAGUGCAAGUCGAGCAGUACACGACAGAAAUGGAAAGGAACUCAAUGCUCAUCGAGGAGCUGAAAAAGCCUUUAAAGAAGGAUAAAGGCCUCACAUCAAGCUUGCAGCAGCGUAAACUGGAAGAGUUGAGUGCUAAACUCCAGGGAGCCGAAAGAAGAGCUCUAGAGGCUGAGCGUGCCGCCCAACUGGCUGAGAUGGAUGCCAGGGAUAAAGACAAAGAGCUUAAUGACACACUCAGCCAUAUCCAUCUGUAUAAGUCUGGGACGGAUGGCUUAGAAGCUGCUAUUGCCGAGAUCAAAGAAUGUAAAAACCAGAUCAGAGUCAGAGACCGUGAGAUAGAGACCAUGAUCAAAGAGGUAAACCAGCUAGAGCUGAAAAUCAACAAUCUACUGAAUGAGAACGAAGAUCUAAGAGAACGACUUGGAUUAAAUCCAAAGGAAGAACUGGAUUUGACUGAAUUCCAGAGAUCAAAGUUUUUAAAACAGAGACAGUACAAAGCAGAGAACCAGGUUCUCCUGAAAGAGAUCGAGCGCCUCGAGGAGGAAAGACUUGAGCUGAAACAACGCAUUCGUGCCCUGGUGAAGGAUAAAAGCAUCUCAGUAGUCAGUAGUUCAUUGCUUGGUGAUGAUGCUGAUGAAAGGCCUAGCAGAUCUAACAGAAGAGAGAGGCCCAUCUCUGGAUCUACUGAUGAGGAAGUCAAACUCAAAAAUGAGCAGCUACAGAAAGAGCUGAACAACAAAGACAAAGAACUGGAGCUCAAGAGAACAGAAUCUGCACAGAUAAAAGCCAAAUUGAAUGAAAUGUUGAAUGAGAAUAAACAGCUGGAGCAGGGCAUGAAGGAGAUCCUGCAGGCCAUUCAGGACACACAGAAGAAAACACCCUCACCAACAGGGGUCAGCGUUCCAAGCCUGGAGAGACUCAUCAAUGCUUUGGAGAUGAAGUACUCGGAGGGGAAGUUUGAUGCAACCCUGCACCUGAGAGCUCAGGCAGAUCAGCUGACCGGCCGUAACGAGGAGUUACGACAGGAGAUGAAGGCUUCUAGAGAAGAAGCUGCAAACAGUCUUAAUCAGCUGAUGAAAGCGAAUGAGAAGAUUGCUCGCUUGGAAAGUGAGGUUGAAUCAAUGAGCAAAUCAGCUGGUAGUUCCAUCCCUCACAAGACAUUAUCCUUACCUGAAGAGAUGACACCAACUAGUGCUGAGGUCAUCAGUGCUCUUAAUGAGUAUAUGGUUCAACUUCUACAGGAGAAUAAAAACAGGGAAGACUCCAUCCAGCAGCUUGAUUCGGCUUUGGAAGAGUAUAAAUGGAAAUUUGCAGUGAUCCGCCAUCAACAAGGGCUACUGUACAAGGAGUAUCAAAGUGAGAGGGAGUCUUGGCUGAAAGAGAAAGACUCUUUUGCAGAACUGAAAUCUAAACUGGAAGAACAAAGGGAGGUGGAUAGAGUUAAAAUCAAGGAGUACACUCACUGGAUAGAAGCUCUUGAAAAGGACCCAGUGGAGAUCAGAAGGGAGCUGUCUGAGAUGGUGCGAAAGAUGAUGGUUUUCAGGGUGAACGAGAAGUGUCUGACAAGACGUUAUACAACUCUGCUGGAGCUUGAGCAGCACUUGAGGAAGGAGAAUGCCAAACUGAAGAACAACUUUAACCAAAUGGAGGUUGCAGUCACAGAAAGGAUCGGCUACCUGCAGAGAUUCAAGGAAAUGGCAGCUUUCAAAAUGGCAGCCCUGCAGAAAUCUCUUGAGAAUAGUGUUCCUGCCUCAGAGCUGGAGAGAGCCAACAAACAAUACAAUGAACUAACUAUCAAGUACAGAAACCUCCUGCAGAAAGACAAUCACCUUGUUCAGAAAACAACCACGCUGGAGCACCUUGAGAGAGAGAACGUAUCUUUACAUGAGCGCAUUAGUUCCAUCAAUAAAGAGCUUGAGAUCACCAAGGAGAAGCUUCACACUUUAGAGCAGGCCUGGGAAAACAUCAGUACAACUGGUGGUGAGAACAAUAUGAACAAGGCAGCCAAAGCCCUGGCCAACAGUGAGAUCAUAUCCGUGUCCAGACGCAUCACCACACUGGAGAUGAAGGAGCUGAAUGAACGAAAGAGAGCAGAGCAUGCUGAGAAGAUGUAUGAGCACCUGAGGAACUCCCUCAAACAGGUGGAAGACCGCAACUUUGAGCUGGAGACCAAGUUUGCUGAGCUCACAAAGUUAAACCUGGAGGCUCAGCGGACAGAGCGUGCUAACAGCGUCAGUAAACUCAUCAGCGAUGCAGAUCGCAAGCGAAUCACUGAACUGGAGAAAACAGAGGCUGAACUGCGGAUCGCAGUGUCCAAAUUGCAAGAGGUAUCUGAUGUGGCGAAAAUGCAGGUGUCCGCUCUGGAGGCCAGACAGCAAUCGAGAGAGGAGGAGGUAGAGAGCCUUAGGAGACAGGUCUUAGACUACCAGGCUCAGUCUGAUGAGAAAGCCCUCAUCGCCAAACUCCACCAGCACAUCAUUGCCCUCCAGCUGAGCGAGACCACUGCCAUCAGCCGACUGGAGGCUGGUAACGUGCGCCUGCAGAAACUCGUGGCACAGAAGCUUCGGGCAGAACAGCAGCUUGAUGCCCAGCAACAUGCGCUGUGGCAAGCAAGACAGGAGGGUCACCAGCGAGCCAGACAUCUCCGCCACACCAUCCAGGCCCUCCGCAGACAGUUCUCUGGAGCCCUGCCGCUGGCCCAACAAGAGAAGUUUUCCAGCACAAUGCUCCACCUGCAAGAGGACAGGGCACAAGCAAGGGAGGAGGCACAGAAGGCAGAGGAGGAAAGGAGGAGAGCAGAGGGGAAUGCACAAGAACUGGACCUCAAGCUGAAGGGGUUGGAAGAGCUUAUAGCAACACUUAAGGACACCAAAGGAGCUCAAAAAGUAAGUGUGUGGCAUAAGAAACUGGAGGAGGUUUGUCUGGUGGAAAUGAAGCAAUGCAGACAGCUCGGUGCCCAGAAAGAAGAGAUCAAGUACCUAAAGAACAUUGUGGCAGAACAAGAACGUACCAUCAGUGGCCUGGAAGAGAAGCUGGUGCAGCAGAAUAAUCUUCUUGAGGAGCGGCAGCUGAUAUGGGAUCAGAGGGAGGUUGAAUUGGAGCGGCAACUCGAUACCCAUGAGAAACAGCAGAAUGAAAUCCUUAGCACAGCUCAGAAGUUUGAGGAUGCCACCGGCUCUCAUCCAGAUCCAAAUCAGCCUUUGGCUCACCAGUUAGACUUCGCUCUUAGAAAAAUCAAAGAGCAUGUUCGUACCAUCCUUGAAACAAGAGCUACCUGCAAAAUUCUGGAAGAGAAGCUGAAGGAAAAAGAGGCAGCUUUAUGGAUGGCAGAACAAAACAUCUUAUCCCGAGACAAAGUGAUCAAUGAACUGAGGCUCCGCCUACCAGCUGCUGCAGAAAAAGAGAAGCUCCUGGCUGACCUGAGCAAACAGGAGGACUCGGAGAGCCAGCCCGCCCUGAAGGUCGCCCACCAGACCAUCAACAACCUGCAGGGCCGCCUGGAUCAGAAAGAGGAGGUUCUCAAAAAGUACCAGAACCUGUUAGCAAAGGCUCGACAGGAGCAGGAGGAGAUUGUCAAAAGACAUGAGGAGGAGGUCAGGGCCUUGCAUCAGAAACUGGACGUCUACAUGGACACAUCAAUGGACCGCUUCAAACAGACUGCUCUGGAGUUAAUGAAAAAACCCACCAUCACUGUGCCAGCCUCUAAGCACCUGGUGCGGUUGUCAGAAAUGGAGCAGACAGUGGCUGAGCAAGACAGUUCCCUCUCCUCUCUGACACACAAGCUGAAGGUCGUCACUGCAAAGCUGGACCAACAAAGACAGGAGACAGCUGCACAGGCAAUGGAACAUUCUGCAGAAACAGCCAGACUAGAGGAAAGACAUGCUGCCCAAAUGAAAGGGCUGUUCCAGGAGGCUGAAGAGCUGAGAGCUCAACUCUCUCAGAUGGAUAAAGAACUCCAUUAUCUCCGCACUUAGCUGGAGGCCCAGAAAGAGGCAAACGUCAGGUCACCAUCCAACACCAUGAAGAACCUUGUGGAGCAUCUGAAGUCCCAGCUGGCCCUCAAAGAGAAACAGCUAAAGGCUCUCAGUAAAGCUCUCUUGGAAAUUCGAGCUGAAUUGACAUCUCAAGCAGAACAGCAGAUUAUUGCCAGUGCUGCUCAGAAGGAAGAAGCCCUCAAUGUUCAGCAGAUUGUCGACAAGCAGACCAAAGAGCUAAGGGCAUGUGUGAGGGACCUCAGUGAAGAGCUGCAGGGAGCUAAGGAGGGUGUGCGAGUGGCAAAAGCCAGGGAAAACUCCCUGAGAGAAGAACUGGAGAGUUUAAACAACAACCUUCAAAGAAGCCAGAAGUCUCAGAACAAACUGCAGAGUGAAAAAGAGGCCCUGGAGGACCAGCUAACUGAGCUUAAGAAGAAGGUUCAGAGGCUCAGCAGUGGCCUACAGGCUCAGAUCGAGAGUGUUGGUCCCACUGUAGAAGCUCUCCAGAAGAAGAUUCGUAAGCUAGAGCAGGUACUGGACAGGAAGAGCAUCUCAGAGCCCACAGACAAGAGGACUGUGCUGAAGGAGGACAAGUCUUCUAAAGAAGAAAUCGUGAGGUGGGAGGAGGGUAAAAAGUGGCAAGCCAGGAUGGAGAAGGUGCGGAACAUUUUCAAGGAGGAGGAGAAGAAAACGGAUUCUCUGUCCAAGCAAUUAGCUUCCAUCAAAGAACUUUACGGCAGAUUGGAGCAGGAGAAACUGAGUCUGCAGAAGAAACUCAAGACCAGAGGAGUAACAGCAGACCAGGUUGUUGGUGCACGGACCCUCGAGGCUGACAGAGAAAUCGAGGAACUAAAAACAAGAAACGCUGAAUUGGAGCAGCAAAUCAAAAUUAUAAAGCAGCAGCAGGCUUUACCACGAGAUUCUGCAAUGGAGGACAUCACCAUCCGGAAUCAUUAUCUUGAGGAGAAACUUCCCUUCUUGGAGAACCAACUGUCCAAGGAGCCUCCAUCCAGACCAUCUGACAAACAUGCGGCAUCACCAUCUCAGCUCGAUUUGUCCUCAAAAGUUGUUUGUUCUUUGACUUUCGAUGUCAGUGAAGCCGAACAAACUCUGUCUUCAAUUUUAAGUAACAAAAUCUAUGAUUCAAAAGACACUGUAACAGAAAGGGAAAUGCCAGACAAAGAAACUCAAACCUACUUCAGAACAAUAGAUCUGAGUGCAGUGGAAGAGAGCAGAGCUGAGGGAAAUGAAGACAAAUCAGUUACUAUAGGAAAGAAUGUCAUAGAUUUAGAGGCAGAAGACCUGUUAAACACCGACAAAAAUGAACGAGAAGAAGAAAACUAUAAAGAUUGUUCUGUUGACAAAGAGAAACCAGAUGGACCUCGAGCAGGUCAAGAGUAUACAGUAGCUGAACUUGUCAAUAAAAUUGCACAAGACGAAUUGUUUGAAGAACCCAAGACUGAUGGACAGGAGAUGAUGGACAAAGCUUUGAGAGAUGAUAAACUGGAAGGUGGCAGUCAUACAGAGCCAGAGACGCCAAAAGCGUAUUUGGAGGAUGACCAUAAAGAGGGAGAUAAGAAACAAGAACAUAUGGAAUCUGAAGACUACCAUGCAGAGAUUUCAAACCUGAGGGUGUCAAACCAGGAUUUGAAAACAGCUGCAGCAUCUGAGAAGUGCCAAGAAAAUUAUAAAGCUCUCACCAGGGAGAAGACCUCUAAUGCAAAACUGAUGUCUGAGGAACCAAAGACAGAGGAGAAAACCGAGUUCUUCAUCACAGAGCCAGACAUGGAUCCGAGCGCUAUAUUAAGUGAGAACUUUGAAGGUUCCCCUACUAAGGAACUGAACACAGAUUUGGCUGAAAGUGAGCUUGAUGUGACUGACAGCAUUCUUAGACCAUUAGAACCAGAAGCUACCAUCCAUUGUUACAAAGAACAGACAGAGAGAAUCAAAAUGAAGACAUCUGGCAGAGGUACUGGUACUCCAUCACAAAGAGAACAUGAGCUCCAAAAAGAGAACUUUAAGUUGUCCACAGAGAACCUGGAGCUUCGCUUUCAACUAGAGCAAGCAAACAAGGACUUGCCUCGACUAAAAGAUCAGUUGUCUGAUCUCAAAGAGAUGUGUGGUAUUCUGAAGAAGGAGAAAGCUGAAGUCGAGAAGAAGCUCAGUCAUGUUCAAGGGUCUGGGCGUAGUGGAAAAACCAUACCUGAGUUGGAGAGGACAAUCGGUCUGAUGAAGAAUGUAGUGGAGAAGGUUCAGAGGGAGAAUGAGAGCUUGAAAAAGACAUCAGCGGGCAACGUUCAAGAGCAGCUUACCAAGUUGGAACGGGACCGUGAGACACUUAAGUCAGAAUAUGAAAAGAUGAAAGGAAAACGGGAGGAACAGCUAAACGCAAGACUUAAGUCAAAAACUAAAGGCAUUGAGAAAAUCAUAAUGGAAAAUGAAUGCUUGCAUAAAGAUAUUAAAAAGAAAGCAGAUGCUGCAGAAAAGUUGAGGGUCGCAAAAGCCAGUCUUGAAGCAACCAAUGAAAAGCUCCGGGCGGAGCUUGAGGAGACCAACCAGAAGCUUUUAUUAGCCCUGUCUAAGGGGCCAUCUUUAGAGGGGGUGGACAGUAAGACCUGGAAAUCUUCUGUUGUGACCAGAUUAUUUGAAAACAAGAUGAAAGUACUUGAAAGUGAAAUCUCCAGGAAAAAAUCCUGCAUAUUGCAGCUGAAAGAGCAACUAAAAGAUGCCAAUGAGAAGCAGCACGCUACACAACAUACAAUCAGCCGGUUAAAGGAGCAAGUGGAACUCCUAAAAAAAACCCCAAUAGAAGCAACAACCGAUGAAGGUCUUGUUAAAGAGUAUCAGUCAGUGAGAUUGGCCAGUAAACAACUUGAGAGGGAGAAUGCUCAACUUCUUCGCCAGAUCCAAAGGUAUGAUGAGCAGUUUGGCACCAGCAAUGCAGGGCCAAGUAAGACCAUAGAUAUUUCUGAAUAAUGCAUAUUGUGCUGGACAGGGUUUUUAGAUUACAUUAUACAUGUAACAAUCAGUAAUCUCUAUGGACUAUUUUAUUC